AUGCCUGUCCGAGCCGAAGAAGAUCGCCGUCGUGCUAUGCAAGGGAUUGCACUUACAACGGCUGGGGUGGAUGGAGUUCUUGUACUACACAAUGCGGAUACGUUGGUAUCAAGACACGGACAAGGACUAUCAGAAGCUCCGCGUCGUGCGGUGGAAGGUGUUCUAAUAUAUUGAGGGAUCAAGCCUCCUGUCCAAAUACAUGCUGCCCUAUAGAUUGUCGCUAUUCGUGGCUCAGUUGGUCCGCUUGCGGUGUAACGUGUGGUUACGGCACUCGUUCGCGUUCCAUGAGGAUUAUUUCAAGUGAGAAAUGCGGUGGAAGACGCUGCCCGACUACGAGAACGCAGACUAGCAAAUGUGGGAACGGAC